UAAAAUUCACAAAUUUUAUUGUUUAAUAAAAGUGCUUAAAUUAAAAUAAAAAUACUUGGUAUUGAAUUUAGAAAAAGCUUUUAUUGAUCUAUAUCCUUUGCAACAAAAUGUCACCGCCUAAAAGCGGAAAUCAAAAUGCGAGUGGACGAGGAGGUCGUCCUGCAGUUGGUGGAUCUAGAGGCCGUGGUGGUGGAUUUUCUGGAAAUAACAGGGGUAAUGUAAGAAGUGGUCGUAUUGAAAGAAAUGGUCGUCCUUCGGGAAGUGGCAAUAUGAGAGGUGGCUAUGGAAGAUUUGGAGGUGGCAAUAAAGGACUAAAUAAUAAUUCAAGAAAUCCUGAUGAUUUUUCAAACCUGCGGGAGAUCAAUUGGAUGCAGCUGCGUUUGCCUCCAUUUCAGAAGAACUUUUACAAAGAGCAUCCUCAGACAGCAUCCCGGCCCAUGAAUGAUGUUGAACGUUACAGAGCAGCCAAUGAAAUAACAGUCCGGGGACCUGCUCCGAAACCUAUUGUUUAUUUUGACGAAGCCUGCUUUCCUGACUAUUGUAUGAAUGAGAUACGGCGCCAAGGUUACAAUGAGCCCACUCCCAUACAAGCUCAAUCUUGGCCCAUAGCUAUGAGUGGUAAUAAUCUGGUCGGUAUUGCUAUGACUGGUUCCGGUAAAACUUUAGCUUUCAUUUUGCCUGCCAUAGUUCACAUAAAUCAUCAGCCGCCUUUGGCAAAGGGCGAUGGACCAAUAGCUUUGGUAUUGGCUCCUACAAGAGAAUUGGCUCAACAAAUAAAAAAAGUGGCUGAUGAUUUCGGUUCGCAUGUGUAUGUACGCAAUACCUGUAUUUUUGGUGGCACCCCCAAAACCCGUCAAACUAAUGACCUUGAGGGUGGAGUGGAACUGGUUAUUGCAACACCCGGCCGUUUGCUAGACUUCUUAGCUAAUGGAGUAACAAAUAUGAAACGUUGUACAUAUUUGGUACUCGACGAAGCUGACCGCAUGCUGGACAUGGGUUUCGAGCCACAAAUUCGUAAAAUAUUAAGUCAAAUUCGACCAGAUCGUCAGAUUUUAAUGUGGAGUGCUACUUGGCCUAAGGAGGUUAGACAACUUGCUGAAGAUUUCUUAGGAAAUAAUUAUAUACAGAUUAAUAUAGGCUCUCUUGAACUAUCGGCCAAUCAUAAUAUCCGUCAAUAUGUUGAUGUCUGUAGUGAGGUAGACAAAGGAUCCAAACUAAAGAGUUUACUAUCAAAUAUUUAUGAUCAACCUCAACCAGGAAAAAUUAUAAUUUUCGUUGCUACCAAAAAGAAAGUGGAUGAAUUGGCUCGUUUCAUUAAUGGCUUUGGAGUGCAAGUGGGUUCCAUACACGGUGAUAAGUCACAAUCAGAUCGCGAUAAUGUUUUGACAGACUUCCGCAAUGGUCGUUCCAAUAUUUUGGUAGCCACCGAUGUAGCGGCUCGUGGUCUAGAUGUUGAUGGAAUUAAAUAUGUUAUAAAUUUUGAUUUUCCUCAAUCCUCGGAAGAUUAUAUACAUCGUAUCGGACGUACUGGCCGAAAGCAGUCUACUGGUACAUCGUAUGCAUUCUUUACAACUAAAAAUGCUAAAUGUGCCAAAGCGUUGGUGGAUAUACUACGCGAGGCCAAUCAAAACGUAAAUCCGGAUUUAGAAUAUAUGGCUCUUAAUGCUGCUUCUAUAUUAAGUAAAGAGAAGAGCGAUAAUCGAGCUAACAUGAAUGGUUUUAAUAACAGAGGUGGUGGCGGCGGUGUUCGUAGAUUUGGAAAUGGCGGUGGAAACUAUGGCAAUAACAGGGGUGGUGGUAAUAAUGGCGUUGGUGCCAUCAGAUCUCGUAAUGUCUACAAUUCCAGAAAAUAAUUUAAGUACUAUCAUGUAUACUUUUUUUUUUUGGCUUUCGAGUGAAAAAUUAUUAUUGAUUUAAUUUUUUUAAAUAAUCUAAUCUAACUGCUCUGUAACUAAAAUCUAUUACGAAUUUUAAGUGGAUUUUUGGUGAACUCAUUCAUCUUCAUGUAAUAAUUCUACAUCUUGAUAAUAUGAACUAUUACAAACUGCUAAAAAUUCGCUAUAGUUUUUUUUUGUUACGGCAGACUACUAGAAUCUCCAUGUCUUUUGAUGAUUUUUAUUCCAAACAAAAAUUAUUUAUUUCAUUUUCAUACAACUCCUCAACUCCUCUAAGAAUUACACAUUUAACUACUGUGUAGCAUUUACAUAAUUAAAACGUACGUUUGCUAUAAACAAAUUAUCAGAAA